AUGGGUCAGGAGUUUCAGGCCUUUGAGGCCCGGCCAAACCGCAGGGGGACUCUGCAGCCGGGUCGGGGUUUCGAUCCUGCGCUGCGGUCUUGCAACUGCGAAACCUUGGGGGUCGUGGUUCGUUCCUCUGGAAUCCUCCUUCGUGCGUGCAGGAGGAGCCUGGCUUGGCGGGCGGUGCGAGGCUGCAAGCGGGAGGGCUCACCAGGCGUUUCCGCCCAGGGUGGCCCCUGCUCCGCCCCCGGUUCUCCCCGCCUAGUGGAGGGGACGCCCCGCCCCGCCGCACCCGGUGCGGCCCCUCGGCCUCGGCGGCAGCAGCUGCGGAGAAGACGCGCGAAGUACAAGAAGAGGUGCUCGGAGCUGGAGCAGCAGCUGCUGGAGAGAUCCGGAGAGCUGAAGCAGCAGCGGCUAAGGGACACAGAGCACAGCCAAGACCUGCAGAGUGCCCUCAUCCGGCUGGAGGAGGAGCCGCAGAGGAGUGCCAGCCUGGCCCAGGUGAAAGCCGUGCUCCGAGAAUAUCUGGACCAGGCAGGCUCGGCCAACCAGGCUCUGAGUGAGGACAUACAAAAGGUGACCAACGACUGGACAUGCAGCCGCAAGGAGCUGGAGCAGCGGGAGGCGGCAUGGAGGUUCGAGGAGGAGGACCUGCUGCAGCUGGGAGGGGAGCUGGCCCGGACAUCACGAGCUGUCCAGGAGGCGGACCUGGGACUGAGCACGGGCCUGUGGCUGGCAGAGAGCCAGGCCGAGGCAGCCCUGGAGAAACAGGCCCUGCUGCAGGCCCAGCUGGAGGAGCAGCUGCGGGACAAGGUGCUCCACUAGAAGGACCUGGCCCAGCAGCAGAUGCAAAGUGACCCGGACAAGGCUGACCUCAGUGCCAGAGUGACAGAGCUGGGCCUGGCAGUGGAGCGUCUUCAGAAGCAGAAUCUGGAGAAGGAUCAGGUCAACACGGACCUCACUGAGAAGCUUGAGGCCCUGGAAUCCCUGCGGCUACAGGAGCAGGCGGCCCUGGAGACAUAGGACGGAGAGGGGCUACAGCAGAGCCUAAGGGACCUGGCACAGUCCGUCCUGUCGGACACUGAGAGCGGCGUCCAGCUGAGCGGCUCCUAGCGCACCGCGAAUGACUCCCACGGCAGCCUGCGGGGGCCCUCGCGCCAGCGGACCCCGUCCCCACCGCGGCGCUCCUUGCCCGGCCGAGGCCGUUCACCCCGCCGAGGCCCCUCCCCGGCCUGCUCAGACUCCUCGACGCUCGCCCUGAUCCACUCUGCCCUACACAAGCACCAGCUGCAGGUCCAGGACAUGCGUGGGCGCUAUGAGGCAAGCCAGGACCUGCUGGGCACCCUGCGGAAGCAGCUUAGCGACGGCGAGAGUGAGCGGCGGGCCCUAGAGGAACAGCUGCAGCGCCUGCGGGACAAGACCGAUGGCACCAUGCAGGCCCACGAGGACGCCCAGCGCGAGGUGCAGCGGCUGCGGAGUGCCAACGAGCUCCUGAGCAGGGAGAAGAGCAACCUGGCCCACAGCCUGCAGGUGGCCCAGCAGCAGGCCAAGGAGCUGCGGCAGGAGCGGGAGAAGCUGCAGGCUGCCCAGGAGGAGCUGCGGUGCCAGCGGGACCGGCUGGAGGAAGAGCAGGACGACGCAGUGCAGGAUGGCGCGCGGGUGCGCCGGGAGCUUGAGCGCAGCCAUAGACAACUAGAGCAGCUGGAAGGGAAGCGCUCAGUCCUGGCCAAGGAGCUGGUGGAGGUGAGGGAGGCGCUGAGCCGCGCCACGCUGCAACGGGACAUGCUACAGGCCAAGAAGGCCAAGGUGGCCGAGGCGCUGACCAAGGCUGAGGCUGAGGCUGGCCGCGUGGAGCUCGAGCUCUGCAUGACCAAGCUGAGGGCAGAGGCGGCCUCCCUGCAGGACUCCGUCCAAGCUGAGCGCCCUCAACGAGAGCCUUGCUCAGGACAAGUUGGAUCUGAACCGCCUUGUCGCCCAGGCCACAGCUGGAGGAAGAAAAGUGCGGCCUGCAGGGCCGGCAGCGGCAGGCGAAGCAGGAGGCCACAGUGGCACGGGAAGAACAGGAGCGGCAGGAGGUGCUGCGGUUGGAGCAGGGGGUGGCGCGGCAGGGCCUGGAGGACUCCCUGUGAGCGGCGGAGCAGGCCCAGGAGGCACUGGAGCAGCAGCUCCCCACGCUGCAUCAUGAGUGCAGCCGGCUGCAGGAGCAGCUAGCGCAGGUGGGCCAAGCUGUGUGUGGGGUGGUGUGGAGAGCAUGUGGGGCAGGCUGGGCUCCCAGCCCCCUGCAUCCAGUCCUGGGUUAAGUCACAGGCACUGGAGCCUGCUUCUUGGUUAAAUUCAGCCCCACUUCUGCUAGCUGGGGACCUUGGACAAGCUGCCCAACCUCCCCAUACCUCAGUUGCCCCAUCUAUAGCAUGGGGCUAGCUGGGCGCAGUCGCUCACGCCUAUAAUCCCAGCACUUUGGGAGGCCGAGGCGGGUGGAUCACCUGAGGUCGGGAGAUCAAGACCAUCCUGGCUAACAUGGUGAAACCCUAUCUCUACAAAAAAUUAGCUGGGCGUGGUGGCACAUGCCGGUAGUCCCAGCUACUCAGGAGGCUGAGGCAGGAGAAUCGCUUGAACCCAGCAGGCAGAGGUUGCAGUGAGCCGAGAUCGUGCCACUGCACUCCAGCCUGGGCAACAGAGCGAGACUCUGUCUCAAAAAAUAAUAAUAAUAAUAAUAAUAAUGAUAUAGAUUAAUAAUAGGUCGAGACUUCUUUUUAGAAUUGGAAUCGUAGACUUUUGGGAACAUCACAUCUGGAAGAGACCUUAAUGUUUCAGGGAUCCAGGGACCUUCAUGCAAGGUCUAUCCUGGAGCGCCUGGGUUUCUGGGAGGGGCCUCUAGAGGAUGGGGCAGGGGGUGCAGGAAGCAGGGUGCAGGUCUCCACCUUGAGGCCUGCUGAGCAGCUGCACUUGGGUCUGUUUUAUAUAUUCAGCUUCUCUGCUUAGGGUAAUACAAGGGUUCUGUUACUCCCAAAGCUGAGUGAGGGCCCUCUUUUUUGUUGUUGGUUUUUGUUUUGUUUUGUUUUGUUUGAGAAAGAGUCUUGCUUGUUGCCCAGGCUGGAGUGCAGUGGCAUGAUCUGGGCUCACUGCAACCUCCGCCUCCGGGGUUUAAGCUGUUCGCCUGCCUCAGUGUCCCAAGUAGCAGGGACUACAGGCGUGCACCACCAUGCCCGGCUAAUUUUUGUAUUUUUUGUAGAGACAGGGUUUCACCACCUUGGCCAGGCUGGUCUUGAACUCUUGACCUCAAGUGAUCCACCUGCCAAAGUGCUGGGAUUAUAGGCGUGCGCCACCGUGUCCAGCUGGGCCCUGGUUUUUGUACACACGUACAUUGCAGAUCUAGAGAAGGUCAUGACUUGCCCAAGUACAUAUAGCACAUCAGGGCAGACCCUGGGCUCGAACCCAGGCCUUCUGCCAGGACUGGGUUAGGCCCAGAGUUGGGGUGCUGCACAAUCAACAAGCUGGGGGAUGCUGGGAGUUCUGCUGAGCCUCUGGGUGGGGGCCAGCUCUCCCAGCAGCUGAGCUGGCAAGAGCAGAAGCUGGAGGAGGCCCAGGGGGGAGGCCCAGUGGCAGGUGGAGGCGCUGGAGCCAGCAGCCCGCGGGGUAUCCGGUUCCAGAACUACGCUCUGCGCCCGUGUGUGGGAUUCACCCGGCUGACACUCUCCCAGUCCCAGAAGGUGCAGCAGCCGGUGGGUUUUGAGAGUCCUGGGCGCCCUGCACUGCGCAGGAGUGUGGACGCCACCCCUCCAGGGCUGUGACCCCGCCUCAGGGCCUUUUCCCUGGCGCCCGCCGGCCAUCAGGGCUCUUGGCUUUGACAGGCAAUCCACCCUUCGGCUCCUCCCUGCCUGCCCUUCACCCAAGUCGAGGGGCCUGAUCCGCAGGCUCUUUCCUCUGAGGCCCUCCACUCAGGGUGUCAACAGAGGUGGGUCAGAUGAGAAACCUGGAUUUCUACACACACCUGGCUACAAUGAGAUGGCACCACUCCCCUUCCCCUGCAGAAGCAGACUCAGAAAAAGGUAAUUAAAACAGAAGGUUUCAAUAAAAUCGACAGUCUGAUAACAUAAUACCCAAAAGUCCAAGUUUCCAUUGAAAAUCAUUCAUCAUACCAAGAACCAGGAAAAUCUCAUACUGAAUGAAAAUAGGCAGCAAGCACACACUGGCAAUAAAAUGAGAGAAGCGCUGGGAUUGUCUGACAAAGAUUUUAAAGCAAGCAAGCCUGAUGAAAAUGAUGUAGCGAGUAAUUAUGAGCACACCUGAAAUAAAUGGACAAGUAGAAAGUCUUAGCAAAUAAAUACAAGACUUAAGGGAGAACCAAAUGAAGUAUUAGAAGUGGAAAAAUACAACCACCAAAAUAAAAAGUCCGGCACGUAGGCUCAACAGCAGAAUGGAUGGUGCAGAGCAAGGAAAUCCAUCCACUGCAGAUGAAAAAGUAGAAAUUACACAAUCUUAACAGGGAAAAAAUAGACUCGGGGAGAAACUGAAUAGAACCUCAGGCACCUGUGAAACUACCUCAAAAGGUCUCACUUUCAUGUUGUCAUCUAUGUCUGGAAGGGGAAGAGGAAGAGGACAAGGCUGAAAACAAAGAAGUAAAUGGCUAAAAGCUUCCCAGAGUUGGCAAGAGACAUAAACCUAUAUGCUUAAGAAGCUGUGAGGACCCCAAAUAGGAUAAAACCCAAAGAGGUCUAUGGCAAGACACGUGAAAAAAUAAAAUGUUGGAAACUAAAGACAAAGAAAAUAUAUUGAAAGCAACAGAGAAAGGUGACACCUUACCUAGAAAGGAAAAACAAUUCCGACGAUGAUGGCUUUCUCAUCAGAAACCACGGAGGCAGAAAGAAGUUGUGCAGUGCUUUUCAAGCCGCAGAAGAAAAUUGUCAGCCCAGACUCCUCUCUCCAGCAGAAACAUCUUUCAGGGAUUAAGGGGAAGAUCAAAACAGUUUCAGAUUAAGAAAAGCUAAGGACAUCUCUGACCAGCAGUUCUACCCUAAAAGAAGGGCUAAGGGGAGUUCUCUAGACAGAAAGGAAAUGAUUAAAGAAGGAACUUGGGACAUCGGAAAGAAAGAAAACAGCAAAACAGGCCUUCCUUCUCCUCUUGAGUUUUCUAAACUAUGCUUGACGGUUUCAGAAAAAAAUCAUAGCACCAUUCGAUGUGGUUCUAACUCUCCAUAAAGAAAAUGUUUGAAAUGGUUAUAAACUGGGAGGGUAAAGAGACCUACAAGGGAGGUAACUCGUCUAUCAUUCACUCAAAUUGGUAAAACAAUGACACCAGUAUACCGUGUGGUUAACAUAUAGAUGCACAGAUAUAGGAAUGUCUGGAAAAACCAAGAGGGCUAUACAAACAGACAUACUCAAAAGCACUAUGGAUAAGGCAAAACACCAUUCUCAAAGAUGUUCAAGUCACGACAGGAAGGUAAGAAAAAGAAAGCAUAUCCAGAAAAUGAAACCAGGGAGAACAAACAGAAAAGGAAAAAUAAAAUGGCAGACUUAAGCCCUACCAUGUCAAUAUCAUUAAAUAUCAAUGGCCUAAGUACACCAGUUGCAAGACACAGGCUGGCAGAGUAGGUUAAUGGACACGAACCAACUACAUACUGACUACAAAGAGACUAACUUCAAAUAUGAUGAUACAGGCAAGUUGAAAUCAAAAGGGUGGGAAAAGAUAUAUCAUGCAAAGCUUAGACAAAAGAAAGCAAGAUUGGCUAUAUUAAUGCCAGAUAUAGUAUAUUUCAGAACAAAUAAACUAAUCAGAGACAGAGAGGGAGACUAUAUAAUGUGCAAAGGACCAAUCCACCAACUCCUCCCCUGACAAAUUCAUAAAUGUCUAUGCAAGAACAACUGAAAGUACUUAACAGAGAACUAGACAAAUCCACAAAUAUAGCUGUAUGCUUCAAUGUCCCCCUUUCUCAACAAUUUAUACAACAACCAGACAGAAAAUCAGCAAGAACAUAGAAGAACCCAACAACAUGAUCAACCAGCGGGACCUAAAUUGGCAAUUUUAGAACACCCAACCACACCAGAAUACACAUUGUUAUGGGAUGCAUUGUGCCCAGCGCCCCCAAAUUCAUAUGUUGAAAUCAGAACAUUAUUAGCCACUAGUGAUUUACUAAUUAAAACAAUGAGAAAUUGCUACGUACCUAUCAGAAUGGCCAAAAUAAAAGUGUGACCACUCAAGUGCUGUCAAGGAUUCAGAGAAAGCUGGAUCACUCAUACAUUGCUGGUGGGGAUGUAAAAGAUUACAGCCCACUCUGGAGAAUAUCUGUAUAAUUUUUACUUUUAAAACUCUAUGUGCAACUACCAUACCACCUCAGAAUUGCAUUCCCUGCAUUUAUCACAGAGAAAUAGAAUCUUAUGUUCACACAAAACCCAUGUACUUCAAGUUUAUAGCAGCCUUGUUUUUUAAUAGCCAAAACUGGGGAAACAAUGUAUACACGACUUUUGUGAGGUGAAUGGUUAAACUGUGGUAUAUAUCCACAGCAUCAAAUAGUCCUCAGUCAUUUUUUAAAAAAAAACAACAAAUUAUUGAUACCCACAAUAACCUGGACGAAUCUCCACAGAAUUAUGGUGAGUGGACGAAGGGUAAUCCCAAAGGUUACAUGUAGGAUUCCAUUUAAGUAACAUUCUUGAAAUGAAUAAAUUAUAAGAAUGGGGAAUAGAUUAGUAGUUGCCAGGGGUUAAGGAGGGAAGGAGGAGCAGCACUGAAUAGAAGGGGUCAUGACUAUAAAAAGGCAACAAGAUGAAUCCCGGUGUUGACGGAAAUGUUCUGUACCUUGCUUGUAUAAAUGUCAAUCUCCUGGUACUGUGGCAUUUGCAAUAUUUGCAAAUUUUAUUUAUUUAUUCAUUCAUUCAUUUUUCUGAGACGGAGUCUUCCUCUGUCGCCCAGACUGGAGUGCAGUGGCGCGAUCUUGGCUCACUGCAACCUCCGUCUCCUGGGUUCGCACCAUUCUCCUGCCUCAGCCUCCCGAGUAGCUGGGACUAGAGGUGCCUGCCACCAUACCCAGCUAAUUUUUUAUAUUUUUAGUAGAGACGGGGUUUCACUGUGUUAGCCAGGAUGGUCUCGAUCUCCUGACCUCAUGAUCCACCCACUUCAGCUUCCCAAAGUGCUGGGAUUACAGGCGUGAGCCACCACGCCCGGCCACUAUUUGCAAAUAUUACCAUUUUGGAAAUAUUACCAAGAUGUUACCAUUGGAGGAAACGGAGUAAGGCGUACAAGGGACCUCUCUUUUUCUGAGUUAGGAUUGUAUGUGAAUUAUUAAAACGUAAAAAUUAACUUUAAAAAAGCUAAGUAUAUUUCUCCUUGAGUGAUCAUGCCUUUGCUUAGAAAACAUUAAGGCAACAAUAAUUUUCCAACACCCUUUAUUUUCUUGAAGAUAGUUUUAACAAAAGCUGUGCUUAGGGGUUUUCCUAGAAGUUUAAAACUUCUACUAAUCCUUACUGUUCUUCUUUGAGAACCCUCCAGGAUUUUAUUUAUUUAUUUUACACCUUUCAAAAGCGUAGAGACAAAACCUGGCAACUGGCAUAUAAUACUAUAUUAGUCUGAGUUCUCCAGAGGACAAGAUACACACACACACACACACACACACACACACACACACACACACACACACACACACAGAAGCAGAGAAGCCCAAGUUCUACUCUGAGUAAGCUCUAUACCUAGGAGGGCCGAAUAUAGUUCAAGACCAAGUCCAAGGCUUAAGGCAGAAGACUGAUGUCCCAGCUCAAAGACAGUGGAGCAGAAACCUUUCUUAACCCAUCAUCUUAUUCAAGCCGUCCAUGGGUUGGACGAGGCCCACUCACACUCGGGAGGGCAAUCUGCUUCACUCAGUUUACUGAUUCAAAUGUCAAUCUCUUCCAGAAACACCCUCAAAGACACAGUGAGAAAUAAGGUCUAACCAAAUGUCUGGGCGCCUCCGACCCAGGCAAAUUGACAUAAAAAUUAAUUUUCACAAAUACUCUCAAUAGAAGUGACUAAUAAAUGUAGCAUCAUGUCCUGCCUGUUUAUCCCAUGAUAAUUAGCAUAGUCGAGCGUAACAUUGGCUUCCGUUCCCUUAUAGUAGCAACAUGUAGGAGUUUCAUUUAAAGUGAGGAUAAUUUUGACCUUACAGAGUUUCUCCCUACCCCAUCUACCAUUGCCACUUGUGGAUUGUCAUUUUGCCAUGACUUUCUUUUAAAAAAUAUCAAUAAGCUCUAUACUUUGGUAAUGUAAGUUUGAAUUUCAUCCUGGCUGCAUAAGUCACUUUCCAUUUUGACAAAGUCUAGAAAUAUUUUUCUCCAUCUGCUUGAAUAUGGGUAAUGGAUACCUAUUGUGGGGCCCACUCUCAAUCUCAUGGUUGUCUUUAUUUUAAUCUAGUUCUCAAUAGAUAUGCCUCAGCUGCUUAAAAACCAUUGAAAAUGGCCCGUGGCCUUGUCCAUCUAACAGAGUCCAGUAAAAUCCUGACAAUGGAAUGGGGAGAGAGAAAGUGAGAACCACCAAACUCAGCACAAAACGACUGAGUUUAAACCUCUGUGCUAAGAGAUGAUCAGAGUCUAUCAUGGCUUCUAGUAGCAUAAGACCGUGUCUCACGAAUGACCCUAGGCUCCCAUGACAAUGCCUACCUAAGAAAGCUCAAGGCUGCCAGGGGAACUUACUUUAGUCUAGCCAAUACUUGCUGAUGAUGGUAGUUUCAGGAUCUUUCUUUCUUAUAGCACUUACUAAGAAGGGAAUCCUUCCUCCAUCCCUUUGAUAUAUGUGUGUAUCUCCUAGGGACUUCAAUGUGUCUUUGCCCAGGAUCUGAAAGGCAAUACUUUGAGAUGUAGUCCUCAGGAAGGACUGAGCCUCUGUCUUCCAGUCUCUGUGGGAGGUUAGAAUCCUAACUUCUAAUAUUGCCAGCUGGCAGACACAGCUGUCCUGAUGAGGCAGACAUUUAAAAUGACCAAUCUUUUGUAAUGUUUCACUUGUGCCCUGCCCCCUGCCCUCUCCCCUGCCUCUCUCUCUGAUUAGAAUGCCAUCACCUCCGCACAAAUGCGAACAGAACUCAGCCCCUUCCUCUACGAUCAGUAGUUACUGAAUAAAAUUGGUUUUCAUCGAUUUGACUAA